AUGGCCGAGAGCGACUGGGACACCGUGACGGUGCUGCAUAAACCCACGGCUGCCCAGGCCAAAUCCAAGCAGGCCAUCUUAGCGGCUCAGAGACGGGGAGAAGAUGUGGAGACUUCCAAGAAAUGGGCUGCUGGCCAGAACAAACAGCAUUCAAUCACCAAGAACACAGCUAAGCUGGACUGGGAGAUAGAGGAGCUGCAUCAUGACAGGGUGACUCUGGAAGUGGGCAAAGUGAUCCAGCAGGGCUGGCAGAGCAAGGGGCUCACACAGAAGGACCUGGCCACGAAAAUCAAUGAAAAGCCUCAAGUGAUCGCAGACUAUGAGAGUGGACGGGCUAUUCCUAAUAACCAGGUUCUGGGAAAAAUCGAGAGAGCCAUUGGCCUCAAGCUCCGGGGGAAGGACAUUGGAAAGCCUAUCGAGAAGGGGCCCAGGGCAAAAUAAACACAAAGCCUCGAAAUCAGUGCGUUCCGGCUGAUCUCGUCUGGCUGGUUCCCCUCGACCACCAGUACCUACGUGGGCCUCCUUGCGUGGCUGAGUGGAACACGGGGUCAGGCUUGCCAAGGCCCUCCCCAACCCACACCUGCUGUAAAACAAACAAAACCUUGCAAA